AUGAGUGCCCCUCUUAGACCCCCCUCGCUCCAGGUGAGCGUUCCAAGCGAUGCUCCGGUAUACUCAGAUGGAGGACACAUCAUUGUGUCAGACGGAUCCAUGCGAUCUAGCUCCUCAACCCCGACACUCCGCCGCAAGCGCUUCAAGAUGCGUCGCUUGAGGAACGUGCCCAGCGAGAGGGAGGCCGAAAGGGGCCGAUUAACCAGCGGCCACCUUACAGCCCGAUCCAAAUCCGGCUCCAAGGAAUACCUUCAGCUGCCUUCCAUUGAGAUCACGCCAUCCAGCGAUGAGGAUGCCCCUUCUUCGUGGUCUAACUGCUCCACGCCCAGCGCCUCUCCACGACGCAAGCGUUUCCUGUUGAGGAAGUGGCUGAAGGUCCGAGAGAAGAAGGAGCAAGGCAGUGAGAGCAGCAGCCAGCAGAGCAGCCAGCAAAGCAGCCAGCACAGCAGCCAUGAAGAUGACAGCAAUCGCUUCUUGACUCCGUUAAUCCGAGAGGAGAGGUCUGACAGUGCAGCGGACAAAAUCGGCACUGCCAGUAACUCAAACAAGAGCACACCCGCUUGCUCACCAGUCCUGCGUAAACGCUCGCGCUCUCCCACACCACAGAGCCAGGAGGGUGAGAACAUGGUGGAGAAGGGUUCAGACCACUCCUCUGACAAGUCUCCCUCCACGCCCGAGCAGGUUGUCCAGAGAACUUAUUCCUUGCAGUCAGCACGCAGCGGGGGAAAGAACUCAAAGUCUCACAAGCGACUUUCCAAAAAGAGCCAAAGCUGGUACAAUCAUGAAAGACAACACAUCCUGAGAGUGCUGAGCCCGACAUACAAGCAGCGCAAUGAAGACUUUAGGAAACUCUUCAAGCAGCUCCCUGACACAGAGAGACUCAUUGUGGACUACUCCUGUGCGCUGCAGCGGGACAUCCUCUUGCAGGGACGACUCUACCUCUCUGAGAAUUGGAUCUGUUUCUAUAGCAACAUCUUCCGCUGGGAAACACUGCUGACAGUGCGGCUAAAGGACAUCUGCUCAAUGACAAAAGAGAAGACUGCCCGCCUCAUUCCCAAUGCAAUCCAGGUCUGCACAGACAAUGAGAAGCACUUUUUCACCUCGUUUGGGGCCAGGGACAGGACGUACAUGAUGAUGUUCAGACUGUGGCAGAAUGCGCUGCUCGACAAGCCUCUGUGCCCUAAAGAACUAUGGCACUUUGUUCAUCAGUGCUAUGGCAACGAGCUCGGACUAACCAGUGAUGAUGAGGACUAUGUUCCCCCUGAUGACGAUUUCAACACCAUGGGGUUCAGUGAAGAGAUUCCCAAUGAAGAGAAUGAGAUCAACAAUGACAACUUGUCUAAGAGCAGCGCAGAGGCCAAGCCUGAGGGGAGCCCUCCCCUACUACACAAGAAGGUCAUCCCAAACAGCACCAUCCCCAGCCCGGGGAACCAUGACACGCCCAUCACAUUCGACCUCCCAGCAGAGGAGAAUACAGACUGUCUACCAGACGGUGAGUUGCUGGCUCUGCCGCUGGUGGUGGAAGAGCAGAACAAUGAGACCAGCGGGCCCGGAGGUCCCGUCCCCUCUCCCUCAUUGGACUUCAACGACAACGAGGACAUUCCCACUGAGCUUAGCGACUCAUCAGAAACACACGACGAGGGUGAGGUGCAGGCCUUCCACGAGGAUCUGAAUGGCAGACAGCACAUCAAUGAGAUCUACAAGUUCAGCGUGGACAAGCUCUACGACAUCCUCUUCACAGAAUCACCAUUCAUGAGCGACUUCAUGGAACAGAGGCGAUUCUCAGAUGUGGUGUACCACCCAUGGAAGAAAGAGGAUGCUGGGAACCAGACAAGAGAGAUCCUGUACACCAUCUCUCUGUCCAACCCCUUGGCUCCCAAAACAGCCACUGUCACAGAGACUCAGACUCUGUACAAGGCCAGUCAUGAGAGUGAGUGUUACAUCAUCGAUGCUGAGGUCGUCACACAUGACGUGCCCUACCACGAUUACUUCUACACCCUCAACCGCUACAUGCUCACCCGGGUGGCCAAGAACAAGUGUCGGUUACGGGUAUCAACAGAGCUACGCUUCAGAAAGCAGCCGUGGGGGCUGGUGAAAGGCUUCAUAGAGAAAAACUUCUGGAGCGGGCUAGAGGAGAAUUUCCGCCAUCUUGAGUUGGAGCUGUCCAAGCUGGAGGAGAUAAUGACUGAGUCCCACCAGCUCUCCCCGAAGGCUAAAGCGGUGAAGAACGCCACAGUGAGGCGGAAGAAGAGGCCACUCCCACACAUGCGCAGUCAGCAUCUGGACGAGGCACUCAGCCCCGUUACCACGCCAACGGAUGAGGAAGUGAUUCAGCGGAUUAAACAAGUGGCAGGCUCCACGCAAACCAGACACCAGAGUCCAGAGCACACUCACCUGACCGGAGGCCUUGCUCUGUACAGCGUCUCCAAACUGCUUCUCAUCAUCAGCUUUGUGAUCUGUCUAAGCCUGGUCCUGCUGGUGUUCCUCAAUAUGAUGCUCUUCUACAAGCUGUGGAUGCUGGAGUACUCUGCACAGUCCUUAACAACCUGGCAAGGGCUGCGGCUUCAGGAGAGUAAACUGCCUCAGACGCAGUCGGAGUGGGCCCAGUUACUGGAGGCGCAGCAGCGUUACCAUGACGCUGAGCUACAGAAGUGGAGGGAGAUUAUCAAGUCGUCAGUAGUGCUGCUAGACCAGAUGAAAGACUCUUUAUUGAACCUGCAGCGGGGUAUUGGAUUAAGGGACUACAGCUCUGAGGCUGAAGAGAAGAGAAGUCGCUAUCACUGAUACACCACCACAAGGCCAUGAGGGCAUGCUGUGCAAUAUAGGACCUGUUUUGUUUAUGGACCAGUAUGUGGGCAGCAGCAUGACAUGAGGGACAGGGACUGAGGGGGAGGAGGGACCAACAGUGAGCUGGUCCAGUAGAGACGAAGAGAGGAACAAUCGUCUCCAGUGCACAGAUGUUCCAAAACCCCGGGAGGAAGUUCCCCUGUGCACAGACGGGAACUUAGGUGUCCCCAACAUCACUGAGGCAUUGCGGGAAGGUGCGAGACCUGUACCUUCUCUUAUACCUGUGGGAUAACCAUUUCCUUCUCCUCUCUUUUAUUUACUGAGUGCAUCCUAUUGUAAGCCAUGUCAACCAGGAGAGCGGCAGAGAAAAAGAAGGAAAACUACUGCAUGCAUUUAGACAACUUAACUCCCCUCAGUGUUAAUGUGGUCCAGUUCCAGUCUACGUGUGUCAAAAAAAAGAACAUAAGAAGAGAGAUCGAGUAAAGGAAAGGGGGAGAGGGGGUCCUUUCAAGUCAUUGUGGCUUUCUACGCCUCUCGACUGUUCUAAACCAAUCGUCCCCUAGAGGUCCUCGCUGCAGCGUCCCUUUAAUAAGCCUCCAGGUGAUCAGACUGCAGUAUCGCCCUCCAACCAAAAAGAGAGUAUUGUAGCCAGGAGAUCGGAUUCACCGAUCAGUCCCUUUUUUGCCUUGUUUGAACCUGGCCAGUAUGGUCUUUGUCGGGGCUGGUUCCCUGUCAGACCGGUGUGUUGAGAUAUUUAUACGUAGAAUCUAAAGAUUGAUAAGACCUGAAGCAGUAUUUUUAACAUUAAAGAAAAGAAGAAAUAUGGAUUCACUGUGUUACUUGCCCCAAUUUGUUUCUACACACAAAGUUAAUUAACCUCCUUCCACUGCGUUAUUCCCACUCCUCCUGAUGAAGUAGAAUGUAUUAGCCUGGACAAAAAGGCCAGACUUUGAUCACAAGUUAUUAAUCUUUGAAAAAGGGACACUGCAGCCAGACUAGUAGGGAGACCUGUGUUCUUACUUGUUUUAUUACUAAACUGUGACUAUAUCUCUUUAAAAAUGUUUCAAAUUAGAAAGAAUUCUAUGAAUAUAUUUGAAAUAUAUAAGGAUAUUUCAUUAUUUAAUAUAUAUAUAUUUCAAAAUAUAUAAACAUUACCUAUAUUUAUUAUUAAUUUAUGUACAUAAAGAAAUGAUCAGAGCUCUAGACCAGUUAAAGAAUUUCUAACAAAAUCUGUUUUCUUCUAAAAAAAAAAAAAUGCAUGCCAGAUAUGUCUGUGACAUGUCCAGUGUGCAAGUAUGAGUCUGCAUUUGCGCGAUUAUAUUCGCGCAUGAGUGUGUGUGUGUGUGUGUGUGUGUGUGUG